AUGGGCAACGCACAGGAACGGCCAUCAGAGACAAUCGACCGCGAACGGAAACGCCUGGUAGAGACACUGCAGGCUGACUCGGGGCUGUUGCUGGACGCACUGCUGGCUCGGGGCGUGCUCACGGGGGCAGAGUAUGAAGCUCUGGACGCGCUGCCUGAUGCCGAACGCAGGGUGCGUCGGCUGCUGCUGCUGGUGCAGAGCAAGGGAGAGGCCGCCUGCGCUGAGCUGCUGCGCUGCGCCCAGCACACCCGCGCGCCCGACCCGGUUUGGGACUGGCAACACGUGGGCCCUGGCUACCGGGACCGCAGCUAUGAUCCUUCGUGCUCUGGUCACUGGACGCCAGAGACACCUGGUUCAGGAACUACAUGCCCUGCACUGCCCAGAGCCUCCGAAUGGGAUGAGGCUGGGGGUCCUGAGGGCUCCGAAGCGGGGCAGUCCGGGACCCCCGAGGAGCCCGAACCACGGCUGGAAGCCCAAGCCUCUGAAGAUGCUGAACUGGAACCCGAACCUGAGGCAGAAUCAGAAUUGCUGCAAGAGCCUGACCCAGAGCCAGAGGCAGAACUUGAGAUGGAGCAGAACCCCGACCCAGAGCCAGAACCAGACCCGGAACCAGAGCCCGACUGUGAGGCAGGGGAUGAGUCUGAAGAUUCCUGA